ACGCUGGCCCACUUGGUUCGCUUCGAGUUCCGGAUGAAAGACAAGGACCUGUCGAAGCACUUGAAGCACAUGCGCCUCCGCGCUCACGUGGUGCUGCAUCUCGGCUGGGAGCUCAUCGACCGCGGCCACCCCGCUUUCUGCAAAGCUGCUGCCGGCGAUCCCGCGGCCAUACGCGCAGCAAAGGAGGCUUUCGAGAGGCGCGUGAAGCUGUGCUACCCGUGGCUCGGCACCUCUGGGGACGCCGACGGGGUGGUCCCGCCGGACAUCGAGAAAGCGACGGUGGUGGCGGAGCCGUCCAGGAGCAGCGUGCAGGAGAACAAGCACGCGACUCCGGCGCUGGUCAGCACAGACGUCGCGUCUGUCUUCGACGAUGCCAAGCCGACCUCCUGCGCACCCCCGGAUGCGACGUCCCGGCAAGGGACUUCGGGCCAGCGUCAGCAGCGAGCCAUGGACGGCGGGCCAGUCGUCCCGUACGUCGCCGACGCAGCCAUGUUGGAGCAGUGGAAUGGGAAGUGCCCCGCGAUUGCGUUCCCGCACACGCUACUGUGGCAGAGCGGGGGGCCAGACUUCACGAGGGCCUGGCGCCGUGGCGCCGACGUCGUUCACCGACGUCGAGCAACGGGGCGGCCCGAGGAAGUAGAGAACCGGCCAUCCAUCAGCAUGGAGAUGUGGCUGUCAGGCAUGUGCCGCCGAGUGGAGCACCAGAUCCGAUCGGACUGGCUCUUCAUUCCGGACAUGCGCAAUGUCCACUUUCGCUUUUUGGGCAUCACCGCAAGGUUGGGGAGCAAAGUGAGGAAGUACGUGGACGAAGAUGGAUCAGCGUUCACGGAGCGACUCACGACGGCCGUCCGCGGGUUGCACGACCUGUUGGCGAAGGGGUACUACGGACCGAAGAGGCGGCCAAUUGCUGGCAACUUGACGGUGCUGCACAUGGCGCACGGCCUGGACACGACCCAGAAACAGAUCGUGCACAACAUGCGCGCGGUGACGAGCACUCUUGCAGGCACCCAGGAACUGCGUCGCAGGAUGGGCCACGUCUUCCAGUCUGGCGCGAUUGGCUACGGGCACGGGCUUUUCAUCACCAUUUCGCCAAAUGAGAAGCAGUCCUGCUUGGUCAUGCGUCUGCACAGAGUACGCCAGGACGACCCGCUGCUGCGCGCGGGGUGCACAGACGACGCACGGAAUUCCAUGAGAAAGCGGUUGGCGUCACGGGAGAGGCCUUCACUGUCGGAGUGCGCCGACGCGGAGCUCCCCGAUUUCGAUUUGCGUCUUUGCGAAAUGGCCAAUGGUCCUCUCUCGGUCGUUCAGGGCUUCCGCGUCGCCGUGAACGUGAUCUUGGGCCGCCCCCUGGACCUGCGGUUGUGCGCCGAGUGCGGCGUCGCGCGAAAAUAUCGCAGGCAGCCCCGGUGCUGCUGCACGGACAAGUUCGGCUCCGACUCGCGCCCCAUGGGCGGCAUUUUCGGGGUUGCUGCGGCUCUACUUGGCGCCGUCGAGAACCAGCACCUAGGCACGCUCCACUUCCACGGGUUCGUGUACCUCGCGAACAUGUUCCAGCACGCGCCCUUGAUUGAGAUCGCGAGGAAAAUUCGGGAGUCCCCUGGCUUGGCGGACUCGGUGAAGGAGUGGCACGCGUGGGUCCACAGGGAAGAGCACUGGGCCCCCGAGGAGCACCGGGAGAACCUUCCGUCGUUGGAGUUAGAGUGGCGGCAAAAUCACCGCGCAUCGGAGCACGUAGGUCUGUGUCGGUGGCCCUCUUAUAUGGACCAUGCCGAGCCGAAGACGAAGUGGGACGAAGGGUGCGAUGCCGUUGCCUGCGACGCCGACGCGGCCAGCUUCAAGCAGGCUUACGAGGCAGACGCGCAGAUGAUUUUCUCGAAGGUCCAGCAUCACCACCAUCCAAACGGGAAGCCGCUCACACACUGUAUCAAGAAAGGCUGCAAGCACGGUGAAAAGUGCAAGCACGGCUUCCCGAAGACCAUUCUUCUGGCGGCUCCAGACGGACCGAGGUUUCGUGUCGUGUGCCCUCAGGUGGCCAAGGAAGUCGGGCUUAAAGUGAACGGACCGCGGAAUGCAUUGGGCGAGAUCGUGGGCCCCCGGAACGACGAUUUCCUGAGCGGGACUCGCCCAGCGUUUGCGGUGGCAUUACGGAGCAACACGCACACCGCGCCGAACAACCGGCUGCCGCUCAUCAAAGGCAUCACUCACGACCCGACUUGCCUGUGUCGACACGGCGCCAGAGAAGAGACAGGAUAA